UUCAAUAUAUGCAAUCCGUGUUCAAAACACCUGAGGCGUAAAAAAACACCAGACAACUUUUCCCUCCCCAACCACCAGCGCUACCGCAGACACUCUUCCAUUCUGUCGGCGCCCAAGACACCUUUGCCCGCCACAAGACGACCAUGUCGACGGAGAAGGACGUCGAGGCUCUCGCCUCCAGCUUUGAGGCGGAAGAACCGCCGUCCUACGGUACAGUCGACAGCCAGCAGGCCGGCGCCCCUCCCUCCUAUUCCUCCCUGUACGGGGAGAUUAAAAAGGCCAGUCAGGAGUCGGAUGGAAACGUGGACUUCGCUAAGAAGGCGUCAGCCCUCAUAGCAGGCAGCAUCGGCUGUACUAUAUUCAUGGGUUUCAUGCUGGCGCUCCCAAUCGCUUACAUCGUGAUCGGGGCGGUGUAUCUACGCGACUGCACGAUCCAGCGCAUGAUCCCGAUCUACCUGGUGGUCAUGGGGUCCUUCUCUGCCGCCAAGAACCUCAUGUCGCUCGGGGAGCGGUUCAAGAACCACCGGGAGGACGAGAGCGAGAAGAACGCCAAGCCGAACCCCCUGGACGGGCUGUUCGGCUGUUUCAUCCUGGCCUGGUUCAUCGCGGGAAACGUCUGGAUCUACUCCGUCUACACGACCGUGAACAUGGCCGACCCGGCGGACGCCAACUACUGCCAGCCUACCCUGUACCUGUUCGCGUUCUGGGCCACCACGGCUACCUACAUAUGCCUCGGCCUCAUGAUGUGCUGCUGCUGCUGCGCUGCUGUAGUUUUUGGAUCAGCCGCUGCCAGAUCUGAAAACUCUUAGAAUCCCAAGUAUGCAACUUUACUUUGCGAUUGUUUUUGAGUCACUUGAGAAUUCUGUAAUCUCUUUAUUUAUGUGUGUAGAGGGUUGUUGUAACGCCCAUGUUGGGCCCCAACUACUAGUAUUUAAGUACGUAUAAGCCUGUGGGUGCUAUACCCGUUUGACAAGUAGAUUGUAGAUUUUCUAUAUCGUACAACGUAUCUGGUACUCAGGACGGGGAAGUACCUGUGGAACUGUCUUCCUUUAUGCCAAACAUGGCUGUGACAUGCUGUCAAGCGAUCUGAAUACCAAUUGAUAGUAAUGGUACGCCAAACUGAAAUGGUCUUUACUGUAUUGUGAACAAAACGUACUUCCAAUAUGUACCAUUGGCUCCUCUGUGUAUGAAAACACCAUAGGACUGGUGAUAAUCUAAUCAACUUGACACCAAACAUUUCAACUUUUUGCAGUAGCGGUAUUUAUUACGCCGAAGUCCAGCAUCUGAGCUGAGAGGAAAUGUCUUCCUCAAUAUACGUCAUAACAAUUUCUCUUAUAACUGGUUUGGAGAUAUUUGGCUUUAAAGUUACGUGUACUUAGAUUUUU